ACAUUGCCCGGUCAUCUUUGCAGUCCAGCGCAAAAGAAGCAGGAUGGUCAACACGGAGUAAAACUAAAAAGAAAACAUUUUCAAUAAAACUCGCUCUGUCGAUACGCUCCAUUUGCAGUGGCAAGAUAGUUCGUACAGGUAUCGUACAGUGUUUAUUGCAACUCUUAUCGGAAAUAUGAAUGGCAAAUGGUUCUUAGCAGCCAUUCUGGUGGGCACGUUCUACUACACUAUCGCAGUCGACACUGAUGGCGACCCAGUUUGGAGCUACCAGUGCGUCAAUGAUCGUUGUGUAAAAACGGCCAUUUCAGAAGCAUCGAACCCGCUGGGCAGGGCCAUCAGUCUACCGGCUUGUCGUCUAUUCUGCGGCCCAGGUACGGGUCUCCUGUGGCCACAACCGACCGGUUCGAUCGAGGUAGGAAACGAGCUCGCACACAUCGACCCAGAGCAGGUAUGGUUCGAGUGGGACGAGGACUUGCGCCAAUUGGCUUCCCUUUGGGAGGCAAACAAGGAGCGUUUCCGGAAUCAGUUGAAGAAAAAAUAUCAAGGUGUUCAGUUGAAAACGGGAGGCCGAAGUGUGCGCAUAAAGUUGGAAGUCCAGGACGACUCGCUCACGCUAAACUAUGGUACGGACGAAAGCUAUCAACUCACCGUUAAGCCCCGAGGCAGUGGAGAGCUUCUUGCCACGAUCACCGCCAAAACGUUCUUUGGCGGCCGACACGGACUGGAGACGCUGGCGCAGUUUGUGCAGUACGAUGACCUUCGGUCGGAAUUACAAAUGGUUGCCUCGCUGAGUCUUUCCGAUGCGCCCGUUUAUGCGCAUCGUGGAUUGGCGUUGGAUACGUCCCGUAACUUUAUCGAUCUGGAAUCCCUUCGGCGGACGAUCGAUGGAAUGGCUAUGGUAAAGUUGAACGUAUUCCACUGGCAUAUCACUGACUCGCAAAGUUUCCCACUAGUGAUCAAGUCCCGACCCACGCUACACAAGUACGGUGCGUACAGCCAAAGGGAGGUGUACACGGCGGAGGAUGUACGUGCGUUGGUGCAAUAUGCACUCGAGCGUGGUGUACGAAUUAUUCCCGAGCUGGAUGCACCGGCACACGUGGGUGAAGGAUGGGAAAAGCUAGGUGUGACCAGCUGCUUCAACUAUCAACCGUGGGAAAACUAUUGCGUCGAACCACCCUGUGGACAGCUCGAUCCAACGAAGGACGCCGUGUACGACAUUCUGGAGGAUGUGUACCGUGAGAUGAACGCCAUGUUUAAUCGGUCCGAUCUGUUCCACAUGGGUGGUGAUGAAGUGUCGAUUCGCUGCUGGAACGCUACGGAUUCGAUCAAAACGUGGAUGAAACAGCAAGAGUGGGGCGUUCAGGAGGUUGACUUUAUGAAACUCUGGAACUACUUCCAAACGGAAGCACUUCGCCGGCUGGACAGCACACUGCCUGCGGGUGGAGAGAAACGUCCCAUUCUUAUGUGGACGAGCAAGCUGACGGAAUCGCCCUAUCUGGAGCAGUAUCUAGACAAGGAUCGCUACCUCAUCCAGGUGUGGACGACCGGAAACGAUAGCAAGGUAACGAACCUGCUCCAAAAGGGCUAUCGGCUUAUAAUUUCCAACUACGACGCACUCUACCUGGACUGUGGGUUCGCCGGAUGGGUUACUGACGGCAGCAAUUGGUGCGCCCCGUACAUUGGCUGGCAGAAGGUGUACAAUAACGAUCUGAUGGCCAUUGGUGGCCCGUACGCCCGGCAGAUCCUCGGUGGUGAGGCUGCUUUGUGGACGGAACAAUCCGACAGCUACACGCUGGAUAAUCGUCUCUGGCCGCGACUCAGUGCCCACGCUGAGCGGCUUUGGAGCAAUCCACGCACCGGCUGGCAGGCAGCCGAAGCACGAAUGCUCGUUCACCGGGAGCGCUUGGUAGAGGAAGGAAUUGCGGCAAACAGUCUGCAGCCGAAAUGGUGUCUGCAGAACGAGGGCAACUGUCCGAUCGGAGGUGACGCCGGUCGUACAUAGACAGCCAUGCACCAGAACGGAGACGUAAAUAUUACAAACUAAUACCUUCCAUUCGAACAAGUUACUUCCCUACGUGACGCCAUUUAUUGAUCAUUUCCUCAGUAAACAAAAGAACAAUGUUUGAGUAUAUAAAUAAAAGUUAAUUGUUUAUUGUUUACAUCU